AUGUCCUCCGCCGCCGCCCCUCCGCCCGCCCCCGCCGUCCCCAACCUCGACGACCCCGCCCACGUCCACGGCCUCGCCUACGCCCCCGACUUCCUCGACGCCCUCCCCGUCCUCCACCCCCGCCCCCCGCCACACCAGCCCGUCCGCGCACUCGGCGCCGCCCAGUUCUCGCGCGUGCAUCUCGACUACGUCACGACCCACGCGCCAGACGGUGUUCUCUUUCCCUUCCUCCACGGCCUCGAGGGCGACAACCAGCAGCAGAAUGGCUUCUUCGCAGCUUCUCCGCAGGCGCACACCGUGCCGCGCUUCCGCGGCCUCGUUUGGGUCGCCUGUGAUGACGACGUGAACAUGCUUCCCAGCCCGACCUCGAGCCCUGAUCCGGACACGGACGACGACAUUGACGACGAUUCCUCGAGUACGUCUUCGCUCGACAGCCUCGGGACCAUGUCCAUGGACAUCGACGUCGACGUCUCUCCGAGCACGCCCAUGGAGCUCGACUCGACGUUCACAGACUCGAUCUCCGACAACUCUGCCAGCCCCAGCGCGAAACUGGAAGAGAAGCCACUCCCGUCCGCCCUCGACUCGCCACCUCACCUAGCAGCACCCUCGCUCUCUGGUCGUGCGCGGUACCCGCCAUAUACAGCCCCCGCCGUGCUCACCUCAAGCUUUCGCCCGCGCGAGCUCUUGCACCUCCGGACAAACGAAGACGGCACCCUCUCGUGCGCGUUCGUCGAACCGCGCGUGCCGGACGGGAUCAGCCUGCGCAACUUUGGUAUCCAGGUGGUGAGUAGCUUCCUUUGGCCCCAUAUGACCACGUCUUCCGUGUCUUGUUACAUUGCUCCGGCUUGUCAAGUUCGUUGCCAGCUUCGCGCUUCCUUUUCGAAUGGCCGAAGUCCCGUCUGCACCUUCUUGCAGGCUCCGUGCGUUCGGUUGACGAGAGCACACGAGGCGGAUUUGGCUUCCUCGAUGCUGACAUCCGGUGGCGCGCUGUGGAUAGCCUCCCAGUGCGCGCUCGGACGUAUUCCAAUCUAUGCCACCCUCUCUGAUGUCGUCGUCUACUCGCCGAAGGGUGACACCCGUGCCGCCCUUGCGCUUGCGGAGAAGUUCAAGGAAGCAAUUGAGGCCAAGCGGGCGGAACGCAGCGUGCGGUAUGGAUGCUCGAUGGAUGCACUCGUCGCGUACAAUGUCUUCGUGCUCGACGCGAGCCCAGCCGAGAUGGCGAAGGCCCUGCCGCAUCUGCUAGUCCGUAUCGCGGACGUGCCACUUGCGCACACGGACGGGACGGACGCGCACACCGAAGGCGAGCCAAGAGACGCACAGUCGGAGGUCGAGUACCGAAACCGCUUGUUCAGUGUCAACACGGUCGACUUUGCGAGGCGAGAGAAGGAGGAGAUGCGCGACCUCACGCAAGCGUCGGAGAUUAUCACGAUCGCCGACCCAGAGAUGUAUGCGGAGUCAAAGGCGGAAAUGGACGCGCUUUCUGGCUCGACGCCCGCUACCCGAUGGAACCCAGCUGUCGGCCAGAUCUUCCUGGGUAACGUGAACGAUGUGCCGAUCCCGCCUGAUCGUCGACUCCGCGCGCGUCGCGCGAGAUCGGUGGCAUCGCCCUACGGAGACGAAGAAGAGGACGAUGGCGACGAAGUGUUCGACUGGAGGACGAACGACCCUGCGCAUGGGCUUGGCUACGAUAUCUGCAUCGAUUGCCAGGACUUCGCGUCUUUCCCGACCGCCGCGCAUGUCAAAGCGGCCGAGGAGCAUAUUGAGGCGCUAGAGAGACGAUGGGUCGAGCGAUGUGUCGUCGAGCUCGGGCAUGUCUCCCAGAAGGACGCAGAGCAGAUGUGCAUCCCGCUGCGCCCGCCACCGAGCGCGAACGCGAUCAUCCACCUCCCGUUCCCAAGCUCGCCCACGAACACGCCUGGCUCGAUGAACGCGUUGGUGCCGUUCAUGCAGUUCCUCGAGUCCCUGCUCCAGCCUCCGCCCUCGAUGACCCUUGCGCAGGCGAGGGCGCUUGUGAACCCACCGCCGAUCGAGACGUUCCCGUCGAGCUUGGCUGGGCACCGGCGCGCGUCGACGUCGGGUUUCCACCCUAGUUCGCUCCCGCCUCCGAGCUCGUUCCCUGCGUCGUUCUUCCCCACGUCGCCUGUCCCGUCCGCAUACACGCGGGCUCGCUCGACCUCUGCCACAUUCCUGCCUCCAUCGCCGCCAUCGUCCAGCGCGUCGACCUCCUCGUCUGCUAUCUCGUCGCCUGCCCCAUCCCUCUCGUCGUCUGUUGCCACCUCUGCGACAUCUGUGUCGACGGAGACCACCCCGCUGCCUGCGUCGUUCCACACGCGCCCGAUCAAGAUCCUCAUCUUCUCCGCAGACGGGUACACGGAGUCGAGUGUGCUCGCGCUCACGCUGCUGAUGGCGUGGCGCAAGCUCUCGCUGCCCGAGGCGUACCUCUGUCUGCAGAACGAGAAGCGGAGGUCGUUCUUCGUGUACACCGCGGACGUCCCCAUGCUAAAGCGGAUCGAGACGAGGAUCGAGAGGGAGCGCGAGAGGGGGUGGGAGAGCAUGGGGCCCGGGAUCUUCCUUGGGUUCGAGAAGAAGCAGGAGGAGAGCGUCGAGGAGGUUCAGAGUCCGCUGGAUCCCGAGAACUUCGGCGAGAUUGCGCACAACGAGUUUGCUCCCCUCAGGCCGAUGGCGGCGAAGUCGGUCUCGUUCGCGAUCCCGCCGGCUCCGCAGCCGGCGAUGACCGCUGUGACUGUGCGACCUCUGAGGACGCAGUCCGUGUCGGAUACGGGACCGCUGCAGGGCGAGAAGGACGCGAGUGGGAGGCCGAGAGCGAGCACGAUGCCUGCGCCGCGUUCGCCACUGCCGUCAGGACGCGACCACCACGUAUGGUUUAACGACCCGAGGUUCGACGGGAGCUUCCCGAGUCGAGUGCUGCCGUUCUUGUACUUGGGCAACCUGAAUCAUGCUACGAACGCGUACAUGCUUCAUGCGCUUGGGAUCACGCACGUCGUGUCCGUUGGCGAGUGCGCGUUGGUCCCUCCGCCGAAUCUGGAAGCCUCUGCUUCCGCGCCGUCGUGUUCGUAUACGGGCCCGUCGUCACAUGCGCAGUUCAUCCCUGGGAAUGGUCCGCGUGGCCAAGGCUCGCUGUGGAUCGAGGAGCGCGAGGGUCGCAUCAAGGUGCUCGACAUCAAGGGCGUAUGCGACGACGGCAUCGACACCCUCGAGCCCCAGCUCGGGCCUAUCUGUGAGUGGAUCGACCGGGCGAGGGAAGAGGGCGGCAAGGUGCUCGUACACUGCCGUGUGGGCGUAUCGCGUAGCGCGACUGUCACGAUCGCAUACGUGAUGAAGCACUUGUCCCUGCCACUCGUCGAUGCGUACCUCAUUGUGCGCUCGCGCCGUCUAUCGGUCCUCAUCCAGCCGAAUAUGAGGUUGCUGUAUAACCUCCUCGGUUGGGAAGUCAAGCUCGCUCGCAAACGUGCGGGCGACGACGUUGACAAGCUUCGCGUUGAGCUCGCUCGCUGUCUGAACUGGCCAUACCUCGCCAAGGAAGUGCACCUGCUCAACCAGAAGUACCUUCAAUAA